AUGGCCACCACCAACCAAUGUCUCGCCUCAUUGGCGAGGCUCAGUCUAGCUACACCUUGCAGACCACUACUACAGACCCCAAUACCACGAUUCCUCGCACCAGCUGCGAUAGCACAACAGGCGCGCAAUGCUUCCGGGCGACAGAGCGGCAACAAGAAGGAGAAGAAGAAGAGGCGGCAGUUCAAGGCAUACAGAGUGGACAGGCUGGACAAUAUGCAGCAGUUCUCACUGUGUGACGCUAUACGAUAUGCCCGCGCGUUUGAAGUAGGCCAGAACCCUACUCUCGUGAAAUACGACCUCGCUGUCAACCUCAAAACCCUCAAGUCUGGCCCCGUCAUCAAGAGCCGGAUCCGACUCCCCCACCCCGUCCGCUCCGAUCGCCGCAUUGGCGUCAUCUGCAAGGAGAACUCGGCCCUCGCUAUCCAGGCGCGCAAUGCUGGCGCCGUGGCCGUCGGCGAGGAGAGCCUAUUUGAGAUCAUCCGGAACGGGAGCAUGACGUUCACCAGUAUGAUCUGUGACCAGGCUAGCGCCGACAAGCUCGCCAAGGCCAAUUUGGGCCGGCUCCUGGGACCCAAGGGUCUGAUGCCCAGCGUGAGACAGAAGACGAUCACGAGCAAUGUCCUGGGCCUCCUGCGAGAGAUGGCGGGCCAGGAUAACUAUCGCGAGAAGGCAGGUGUGGUGAGGAUCGCCAUCGGGCAGCUGGGCUUCACACCCGACAUGGUGGCUGCGAACGUCAAGGCUUUUGUCGCGCAGGUAAAGGAGGACUGUGCUACGGUGGGGGAGCAGGUGAACAAGGAGGUGCACGAAGUUGUGCUCAGCACAACACAUGGCCCGGGCUUCAGUCUGAAUGGUGGAUUCAACCCUACUGAGAAGGGAAUUACGCCUGCUAUGUUGCAGUCGCCAAUGUAA